UUCUAAUCGCACACGCCCACUUGCAUGCAUUUCUAAAAGCCUCAUUUCCUAAAGUUGUCAAAAAGCAGAAAUGUCUCAUGCAUCAAUCUGUCUGAGCAACAAUUGAGAAUAUACACCCAUCACAACACCAGAAUAACAUGCAACGAAAAGCAACAUUGUCAGGACCCCAGUGGGUUCGGAAAUGCGCCAUGUUUGUGAGAGCGAUGACCCUGGCAGACAUGUCCGGUUUCUUGCCUAGGGGAGAGCAGCUGGCAUUGAAGGCUCGGAGCACUGAUAAUCUGGAAAGUUCUGUGGAGCCUGGGACCCGAUCGGUGGGCACCACUGCCAACUUUAAGGGGAAGAUGAGCAAAAGGCUUUCUGUUGUGAAAGGCCACUUCCCCAAACUUGUUGACUGUGCUCACUUUCACUAUGAAAAUGUGGACUUCGGUUCUAUUAAGCUUCAAUUUGCCAACGAGCAGAGCGAUGCCAGCUGGACCUUGGGCAGUGUCAAAGAUCUGGUCUUCAUUGUGCAGGUGUCCUGCCAGGGUAAGACGUGGAUGGUGCGGCGGUCGUAUGAAGAAUUCCGGACGCUGGACGCCCACCUGCAUCAGUGCAUUUACGACCGCCGUUACUCACAGCUCUUGGCCCUGCCAGCCCUCUGUGAUAUCGGAGAACGGGUGGAGAUCUUCACACCGCUGUUGUCUGAGUAUCUGAACCGUUUCUCCAUGAUCGUGGACAAUAAGUUGAAUUGUGGGCCGGUUCUCACCUGGAUGGAGAUUGACAACCAUGGCAACAGGUUCCUGCUGAAAGAAGAGGCAUCGUUAAACAUUCCCGCCAUUGCUGCUGCUCACGUCAUAAAGCGCUACACUGCCCAGGCCAGUGAUGAGAUCUCCAUUGAGGUUGGCGAUAUCUUGUCUGUGAUUGACAUGCCACCCAAAGAAGACACCACAUGGUGGAGAGGAAAACAUGGGUUCCAGGUUGGUUUCUUUCCCAGUGAAUGUGUGGAAUUAAUCAAUGAGAAGUUGACGCAGUCGGUCAGCGCUCCUGUCAGUAAGCAAGAGGUGGAUUCUUUAUGCUCCAAACCUGGUGUUACCAACACGUCUGAUCCUUCCUCUCCAACAUUAGUGUCUAAGAAACACGGCAAGCUGAUGGGAUUCCUGCGCACCUUCAUGAAGUCCAGACCCACCAAACAAAAGCUCAAACAGAGGGGCAUCCUGAAAGAACGAGUGUUCGGCUGUGACCUCGGAGAGCAUCUCCUCAACUCUGGCCUAGACGUUCCCCAGGUCCUGAAGAGCUGCGCUGAGUUUAUCGAGAAGCAUGGUGUGGUGGAUGGGAUCUACAGACACUCUGGAGUGUCCUCCAACAUACAGAAGCUCAGGCACGAGUUUGACAGUGAAAAUGUUCCGGAUCUGACGAAAGACAUGUACAUGCAGGAUAUUCACUGCGUUGGCUCUCUGUGCAAACUCUACUUCAGAGAGCUGCCCAAUCCGCUCCUCACAUACCAACUCUAUGAAAAGUUUGCUGAAUGUAUGGGAGAAAUGACGGAGGAAGAGAGAAUGGCGAAAGUACAUGAUGUUAUUCAACAACUUCCUCCUCCUCACUACCGCACUUUGGAGUACCUCAUCAGACACCUGGCGCAUUUGGCUACCUGUAGUGGAGAGACUAACAUGCACAUAAAGAAUCUGGCCAUCGUCUGGGCCCCCAACCUGCUCAGGUCCAAAGAAAUCGAGGCAGUGGGCUUGAGCGGCGCUGAUCCGUUUAAAGAAGUACGUAUCCAGUCAGUGGUCGUAGAGUUUCUGCUCAGUAAUAUGGAAGUUCUGUUCAGCGAUUCUUUCACAUCAGUUGGACGUUUUAACGCAGCACGGCAGUCUCUGACCAGACCCAAGUCGUUUGUUUCCACCAGACUUCUGUCUCUGGAGGAGGCGCAGGCUCGCACCCAAGCUCCUCUUCUCCUGCAGGGAUCUCCACAUGAGUUACAUGGACAGUUUCACACUGUGCUGGACCUGCCUCCAGAGAAGAGGAAAAGAGGCAUGAAGGUCCGGAAAACAGCAGGUGGGAGCUGGAAGACAUUCUUUGCCAUCGGGAAACCUGCAGCAGGGGGUCGGCGCGAACCCACCAGGAUCACCUCUCUGUUCCAGCCCUCUACCUCUCAUGCAGGUUGCAGGAUGGACAUUGUGACACUCCGGUCAGCAAAGAGUGAGGAGUCCCUGUCAUCUCAGCACAGUGGAGCAGGUCAGGGGAAGACGCAGCAGUUACGGAGACCUCGCUCUAUCAGUGAUGGUCUCUCUGUGGCUGCCUCCAUCGACCCUCAGCUCCUUCCCCAGUGUUUACCAUCUACAAUCCACCCCAGCCACUCUUACGACAACCUGCUGCCUGGGGAAACCCAUUGUCCUAAUGAGGAAGAGGAUGAGCAUGAAGAUGAAGAGGGUGUGUACAUGCUGCCUGAUUUCUCCGAGGAGCCAUCUGCAUCAUGGAUGGCAGAAGAUGUCAUUGACUUUAGCCCCACCUUCCUGGAAGAUGGGCCAAUAGGAUUGGGGAACACUGAUGGGACUACUAGCAGCUCAGAGUCCCCUCCUGCAGCCGCACCCCCUCCAUACCGUUGUCUGAGUCAUCAAGGACAUGCCCUAUCAGGGAGCCAGUGUUCAAUUACGGAGGAUCCCGACUCAGUGUUGAACCAAUCAGAGGCCAUGGCCCGACGGAGUUUGAUCCUGGCCGCAGCGGCUCCGCCUCGGCAAGUGUUCUGUCAACAUAAGCCGUCUGUGGUCGCUAAUCCUCCCGCAACCUCUGCCCUGCAUGGCGAGUCAAAUGUAAGCCCAUCCCACAGCCAGACGCCAGCUUCAGUGACUUCUGCACCCCCUUUCCAGCCCCCUCAAGAGAGGCGUUCCUUUACACGUAAAAUGGUACAUGCUCUUUCUGCUAAAGCUCCAAAAUCCCCACCUCUGGACAUCUCUGACCCCAUUGCCAUCAGCCUGCCUGCAAAGGUUCUGGAAAUGAUUGGUGGGCGAGCAGGUGAAUUGCAGCCUGGACCCCCAAGCACUGGACCCCCCCAGCCACCCCAGAUGAUAUCUAUGCUCUUGAGGUCAUGUGACUUUCAGCUCACAGAGAGCUGCCAGCAAGAGCUCAGCAGUAAGUUGGGCCCCAGCGUCAAGAUCAAGGGCCCCAGUGUCUUGGGUCCCACUGGUGUUCUCCUACCUUCACAGCAACCCCCUCCUCCUCCUCCCAAAAACCCUGCACGCCUCAUGGCUUUAGCCCUGGCCGAAAGUGCUAACAAGGCCCUGCGGCAAGGUGCCUCUCCCCCUUACCGCUCCCGCCAGAGCGGAACCCCCCCUGACACAGACGUCCGCUUCCAGAGGUCCCUUUCUACUGAUGCAGGAGCUCUGUUGUCCUCUGAUCCUAAUCAGAUCUACUCCAGAGUGCGCCCGCUGUCUGUGUGGAGGAAUGAGGGUGAUGAUGAUAGAGGAACUGCAACUGAAAAGCCUGCAGAAAUAUCUGGGGUGGAGCCAAGGUCACCAACUGGGCAGGACACUGGGACUCUCUCUUCUGACAGCUCGGUCUCUGACUCUGUGACAUCCAAUUCUGAGCUAUCAGCUACCAGUUCCUCUGAGGACAAUGAGCGAAACCCAGGCCCCAUCUAUAAGAACGAGGAGCCAAUUUCUCCACCUCAAGCACAGCCCUCAAAAUCUAGCCCAGCCUCCUCUAGCGAUGCCGGUCACUCUCAGAGAAAACCCCCAGCGUAUGGGCGUCAGUUUUCAGCUCCGCAGCUUCAGCAGCAGAAAUCCAGCACACAGGCCAAGCUUGCAACCCAGCCACACUCUAAGCUCCUGCACUCCAAGUCAGCGAGCUCUCCUCUGGCCCAGGUACGAGCCUUCCAACCCACUCGCCCUAAAGUGCCACCCAAGCCCCCUGAUCUUGCUCCCUUAAAGGUUCCGCUCUCACAGACCAACCGUCACGAUUACAUGCGUCGCUCCCUGGAUGCCAACCGCAUCCAACGAUUAGUAGGGCCUCCUCAAGGGAGCACACCACUUUCCAGAGUUUUCUCUGAGCGCAUUAGCAGUACCUCUGACAUAUUAUCUCGCUACCAUGCAGCCAGAAUGGCCAGUCAAGCUGCACAGGCUGCACACCUUCCCCAACAGCAACAACAGGCCCAGUCUGUUCAAAUCAGACCGGUUGUCCCCUCCUUUAAAGAUCCAUCCAAGUUGGAGAACUUCUAUUAUGAAAUCGGUGCACCAGAGCACCCGCAAGCGCCACCCAGCUAUGCACGCCACAGCUAUUAUAAUAUGAAGUUGGAUCUGGAAGGCAACCUUCGUCUCUCUGACCCAUCCAAUCAAAGGCCUGUUUCUAGGGGUCAACCUCCUCCCUACAACGCCCAAGGACCUGGGGGUGUUAGGGCUCCACAGCUGUGGUCAUCUGAGGCCACACGAGCUUGGGCCGCAGCACAUUCUCACUCUUUCUCUUUUACCCAUUCUCAGUCUCACCAUCGCUCUGAGGAUGGAUCGUCAGGUCAACCUCACCACCUACAUCCCCACAGGCAGACAUUGUCGUCUGUCAGGCUUUCCCUCAGCGAAAUGUAUCCCAUCCCUGCAACUGCUGAAGUGGGCUCCUCAGUAGGCAUGUUGCCCCUGUCUGUGCACCAGCGUAGCUUGCAUCAUUCCCAAUGUUCGCCUUCUGUGGACCACACCGCCUCUCCGCUUCAUCCCUACUUUGAAAACGGGAAGGUGUGCUAUAGGCACUUUGAGGCUUCCAGGCUGGAUGAUUUGCCACUCAAUGCUGUAUUGAAGCCAAAUGAAGCCCAGCCAUCUCGGGCUUUCCCAGAACAAGGCCUCACGAAAGAUCAGCCUGAGCCUAUCUAUGUAAACUACCCUUUCGCAAGCCCACCGGGAGCUGGGGUUAAUCCAAAGGCCUGGGCGACCACAGACCUUGACGUAGAUGAUCAACAGGCAACUGAGACACUAGCACCACCUUCAGAGCAACCACAUGAUGACAAGCUGAAGCAAUUAGAGCAAGAAAAUCCCACAACUGACUUUGACGGUCCUGCCCAGAAUGAUGCAUUGUCAGAUUCCAAAGUGGUCAAUAGAGCAGCGUCCACCUGCUCUGCCAUGCACUUCCGCAGUCGCUCAGAUCCGCAAAGUACCAGCUCAGAGCCAUCCCAUGUCCUGACAGGGAAGGAAAUUGCCUCCUUGCUAAUCGAAAAGCUUGCCGAGGAUGAAAGAAAGGAUCCUUUGGUGCCGACCUCUUCCACUUUAUUUUCUUCUCUGCAUAUCGAGCACCCCCCCAAUCCCUACCCCAGUCAGCAGCAACAACCACCUCCUGCUUACAAUGUCUACAUCCCAGGACCAUCUCAAGGGCACUUUGAGGGUCAGGUGCCACUAAGGGAGGGAUCAGGAGCUUUCCAACGUCAGGACCCCUUGAGGAGAUCUUCCGGAGGUCAGUAUAGACAAGCUUUUGAUGUCAUGCCAUCUGGUGACCAAGUCCUUAAAUUUUACAGAAACCAAGACUUCAUCCUAGGUGCCCAGGAAGAACGCACAACUCCUAACCCUUAUCCCUCAAGACCAUACUAUCAGGACCCCCCGUACCCCAACCGGGGUGCUCAGGCCCUCCCAGAAGCUCCCCACACAUGCACUCCACCUACAGUGGCCUUCUCAAACCUAGUGCUUGGAUCAACAAGAGGAAACAGGCCCCAGACCGUGGCCACACUGUAUAACCAGUACCCAUACCAGUCAGGUCCAGUGCUUCCUCAUUAUCCCAACACACCCCAACAAGAUGUUGUUCUGGAUCCUUCUCUCCGACCUCCAGGGUUGUGGAACCAGAGUGGAAUGAACCGGCAGGGAAGCCUGCCUGAACCCAACUGGACUAUCCGAACUGAAGGCCAGACCCGUAGUUACUGCUAAAGAGCAUAAUUGCUACAAAAGCCCUGUGUCUUUAAAGGGACUUAAAGGGAUAGUUCAGCCAAAAAUUAAAAUUCUGCCAUCAUUUUCUCAUCUUACAAAGGCAGAUGUGAGGCAGAAUGUUAGCCUCAGUCAUAAUUCAUUUGAAUUGUGUAGAAAAAAAUAUGCAGUUAAAGUGAAUGGUAACUGAAGAUAACAUUCAGCCUAACUACACUUUUAGUGUUCCAACAGAAGAAAAGAAAGUCAUACAGGUUUGGAACAAUAUGAGAGGGUGAGUACAUGAUGACAGAAUUUAAAUUUUUGUGAGAACUAUCCUAUUUAAAUUACGUAACAUGACAUAGUUAUAAGCACUAUUAUGUUUUCUGUACAAGUUAGUGUUUUGUUUUUUAACUCGUGAGGGGAGAUGGGAUCUGCAGGAACAAAGUUAAAUUGGGGACGUCUUCACUUGCAUUUCUGUUUUACAAAGACCCCACUGCUCUCCUCCGAUUAGAGUGUGUAUUUGAGAUAAAAGGUGUACGAAAAAGGCAUAAAGCUUAAAGGAUCAAAGAAGUGAACCAUAAAGUGGCUUAAAUAAGAAAUCAUUCCACAACACACUGUGCUGUCCAGCAGAGGGAGUCAGAGAGGUGCAAAGCUGCUGUUCCUCUGACAGGAAGUUGCUCAGUGCCAAAUCCAUUUUUUUUUUUUUUUUUUUUUUUUUUUUCUGCUUUGGGUUUUAUUUGAUUUAAGGUUCUUUUUGACAGUAGGUCACACUGUACAGUGGCACAAACUUAAUGUUUUACUUUAAUCCUCAAAGUACAAUAAAGAACCUCAAAAGAUGCUGGUUGUUUUUAGAAACUCAAGCUGGCAUUUUUUUUUCCCUCAUUUAUUUUGCUUUUGGCAACAGUGUGAUAUUGUUUCAUUUUGUAUUGCUUUUUAAAAAUGUCUAAGUUAUUGUAAGUUUUCAUUUAAACAAGUUCUUGUAAAAUAGUUUUAUUUGCAUUUCUCAAAUUUGUUUCAAAGAAUGUGAAGGUUAGUGAUUUUGUGUUUUGUUUCUUUUUUUUUUUUUUUUUUUUUUUUUAAGUCUGUGUGUGUAAAUCUGUAUGAGUGCGUCUUACUUGCCCAGAGUAUCUGAAGUUAAGCACAUAAUAAGAAGCGAUGUUGCCUUGUGUUCAAGGUAUAAUUGUCUCGCUAAUUUUCUGGAGGGUGUACGAUUGAGUGUGCAUAUUACGGUGAGGUACUGUAUUCUGCUCAUUAUCAAGUGUCAGAUGAUGUGUUUAAUAUUGAUGUUCUUACCAAAAGCAAGUAUUUCUACUAGGCUAUGUCCUCCUGUGUCACUCCCAAUUCUCCAUGGUUUCUGUGAUGGAGGAAUUCCCAGCAAUGUCUAAUGACCGGUAUUAUCCACCGUAAAACACUGAAAAUUCCUUCAAUGCCCACAAUGCUCUUUUUGCAAGACUUUAUAAAGUUAAAGCUGAUUUAUCAGACUACACUUUGUCUCUGUACUGUUCCAUUUUUUUUUGGUUUUUACCAUAAGUAAUACAGAACAGGUCAUUAAAAUGUCAUGGAAAUCCUUUAAAAAAUUACCAGAGGUGGGCUCUCUAAAAGUUUGGUUAGUGAUUAGUGCCUUUCGUUAAAUAAUCAAUCUUCUCUUGUAUAGUCAAACUUAAUCUUUCCUUUGUUAUUGAAAAAGCAAGUUGCAAACCUUGUCCUGACCCUUACAAAAAAAGGUCCUGUUUCUACCAUGGUACAGUAAUGGUAUUAAAUGCUAAUACCAUUGCACUUUGAUAUAAACCAUGGUACAGAAUGAGUACUUUAUUCAUGUAUCAUGGUAUAUAGAUGGUACUCCAAGGUACUUCAAAGAAUACUAUGGUGCUUGUCCAAAAAACAAUGGUAUUACCAUGGUAUUUUUAGAACUAUUUGUAAGUGGGGCCCAGUUGCCCCUAUUAAGACAACAUUAUGUUUCCAAAGCUACAUAUUAGUACUGUAAGUAUUGAGAAUACACAGUCUAAAUAUCAAAAUAGUGUGUGUAAGAGAGAGAGAGAGACAGUGUUUGCAUGUCUGAUAUCUCUGUUGUUUUAAUACAUAUCUAUGCAGUGUAUAACAAAUGAAAUACGUUCCUAAAACCUUAAAACAGUAAAUAUUAAUGCUACCUAUGUAUGUCAGCAGACCUGUGUAUGUUUAAGUGAGAGAGGUCAUGAAUGUGGCUUUGAGGUACAUGAACUUCAUGUCCAACGAUCUCCCCUAAUGCCUUCAGCACUUUGCAAAAGGCAUUUCAUCCUAUUUUGUAAUAUUUUCCAAUAUGUGAAUUAAAAACUUGGGCACUGUCAGUGACAAAAACUAGUUUGGAGAUUUAUUUUAUAACAGUAUUUUUGUACAAGGAUCAGAAGAGGUUGCUUAAUGACGACUGUUCUAUAAGUACUAGAAAAUGACAGUAAAUCUCUGGAAAAAAAAAAAAAAAAAGGUUUUGGAAUUUCAAUAUACAACUGGUUCUAAUUGUCAUGUUUUAAAAGAUUAUCCUUGCAAACCUUGCUAACUAACAGUGUGAUGGUACUUGCAUGACUAAAUAACAUUCCAAUUGCGGAACCUGUCAAACUUGACCUAAAAAUGGAUGCUUUGGUUGUCCCAAGUCUCAGUGUUUGUAUUUGUUUCAAUUUGCUAUUAAAAGACAAGUGUUCUUUG